CUGCGCGUUUAGGGGAAGGCGCGGAUCAAAUGACGACUUCUCUUCUUAGACUGCGGUCCCGCCAAUUGCUGUGAAGAAUGGCCCUGAACGACAGCCAUCGGCGAUUCCUUCAAGUACUGAUGUCCCAUGGGAUAAUGGAAGGCUCCGCUGUCAGGACUUUACAUAAACAUUGCUGUGAGGUACAGAAAGCUCACUACAUGCAUGACAAGCUGGACGAUUUUGUGGGCGUUAUCAACAAACGUUUGCAGCCUCUGUUCAUGCAGAUUAGGAAGGGAACGGAUGAAAAUGAUGGGAGAGGAUACUACUCUCUGGUUAACAUUGCGGAAAAUGAAGUUACAAAGAUGGCAGUGGACCACACAGAGAAUGAACUGGAGUUAUUUAGAAAGACGAUGGAUCUGAUAAUAGACUCGGACAAUGGGUUUGCGUCUUCGACAAACAUUUUAAACCUUGCCGACCAACUGCAAACCAAGAAAAUGAAGAAAAAGGAUGUUGAACAACUACUUCAGAGUUUUGUACAAGAAAAGUGGCUGAUUGAGAAAGAUGGAGAGUACAGCCUUCACACUCGCUGCAUAAUGGAAAUGGAACAUUAUAUACAGAGCACGUACCAGGACAUAGUCAAAACCUGCAAUAUCUGCCGCAAUGUCACUAUUCAGGGCCAGGUCUGUGAUAACUGUGGCAUCAAGAUUCAUUUGACUUGCCUGGGAAAGUUUUUCAAAGGACAAAAUGAGCCACAUUGUCCCCAGUGUGGUGAAGCAUGGUCGCAGGAAAUUCCCAGUUUGUCACAGACCAAUUCCCAAACUCCUUCCACAUCCCAGAGCAAUACCAGAACAGGACAGAGGAGAGGAAUCAGCGUAGCAGCUACUAGAUCAAGACGAUCAUAAAACGGCACAACCUUAUAUUUUUUUGUAAUAUUUUGUACAAAAAUGUUCAUAAUUAGCUUCUAAUUUUUUUAGCUUUGAAAUCUUUUGUAUUGUAAAGUUACAAAAAAAACUUAUUUUAUAUGUCUGUAAUGUUGCAUAGUAAAGUAAUAGAUAAAAUGAAGCCAAGCGGUGAGCAGGUGUAAUUGCACCCAAGCCGUCCCAUUCAAUUUAUUGGGACAGCUCGUUCCUAUACACUUCUAUAGGAGCUAUCCAUCCCAUUGGGUGUAAUAGAUCAAUGGGAGUCCUACCGCUGUAUCUCCCACCAAUUACAUGAAUAAAGACACCAUACCCCAUUGAGCCCCCGAAAUGAAUGGAGCGGCCAGUCGGGCAGGUGAACUUCUGCUCCCUGCCCGACCCUCCUCUCCAUUCAUUUGGGGGGUCUCAAUGGUAGGAACCCUAUUGAUCUAAUAGUUAUCCUCUAUUCUAUGGAUAGGGGAUAACUUCACACAACAGGAAUACCCCUUUAACUGUUUCAUGUAACGCUCUCUACACUGAGCGGUGAGGUUUCAUAUCCUUUUUAUUACAUAGACAGUAACUCGAGGCCAGGCUUAGAUGGGGCAGGUUAUGUGGUAUGACAAAAUACAGUGCAAAACCACAACUGCAUGUAGUAGUUUUCUGCUGUAGAGUUAGGCUAGGGCCCCGGGUAUUCGAACAGCCCUUUUCAUGAAAAAGGUGAGUGCAAUUUACUUGCAUUGCCACCUAGUGGUGAUAAUCUGUGUUGCAAUUGUUUUUCACUUUGUCUUUCCUUGGCUGGGUUUGCACAGGUUUUUUCACUCAGACUUCAACACCAGGAAUGGAUUAAAGAAAAAACAGUUUUUCCUUUAUACUGGUCCUCUGUUUAUGAUCCGUUCCUGGCUUUGAAGUAAAAGAAAAAACUGCAUCAACUUGAAUAGAACUACAGCCUUUAAGGGGGUUGUCCAACCAAAGUGAAUGACGGGCAGGGAUGUGUAAGUAAAAAUCUGUCACUUUUCGAAUGUCUUCCCAUUCCAGCACCUUGGCUCCUAGCUCCUGCUGGACCGGAUCUGAUGAUAUUUCAUUCCCACUCACAUGGCCAUUGCAACCAAAUCACUGACCUCAUUGGUCCUAUGUGCAAGAGAGGCACUGAGCCUCUGCGGUCACAUGCCAUUCUUACACAGUGAUUGACUGCAGCAGUCACAUGAAAGGGGAAGGCAGGACUGUCAAAAGGUGAGUGACAGUUCUUUCUUACACAACCCCUGCCUGUAAUAAAUUUUUCAUUUUGGUCAGACAGCUACACCAG